CUGCUCUUGUAUGUGUCUAUGGUUGCAGGGACCCUUCAGCCCGGCGUCCUAUAUAUGUGUCUCUGCUACUGUUGUGAAACUACUACACUCAUCAUGGCUUGACAGUGCUCUCUGCUGACACCUCUGUCCAUGCCAGGAACUGUCCAGAGUAGAAGCAAACCUCUCCUGCUCCAGAGAGUGCACUGCCCUGAAAGAGUAUGUACAUGCAGCAGAUUUGUAGAUUUUAAGGAAAAGUUACCAACAGUUUGUCAAGCUGUUGCAGAGGCAGACUUCUUGGCUAUUGAUGGAGAAUUUUCAGGGAUUAGUGAUGGGCCAUCUUUUACCACUUUAACAAAUAGUUUGGACACACCAGAAGAAAGAUAUGAGAAGCUCAAGGAGCACUCUAUGGAAUUUCUUCUCUUUCAAUUUGGUCUGUGCACAUUUACGUAUGACAGUGAGGAAGCAAAGUACAUCAUAAAAUCCUUUAAUUUUUAUAUUUUCCCAAGGCCGUUCAAUAGACAUUCACCAGACAAGAAGUUUGUUUGUCAGAGCUCGAGUAUAGACUUUCUAGCCAACCAGGGUUUUGAUUUUAACAAAGUUUUUCGUGACGGUAUUCCGUACUUGAACCAAGAGGAGGAGAAACAGCUCAGAGAUCAACAGGAAGAUAAGCGUUACCACACAAAUGGUGCAAGCACAACGUGUUACAUGUAUGUUUUACCUGAUGCACCCAGGGCUCCAGUCGUUCCUGUAAUUCCUGAUGAUCAGAAAGAUUUUAUUGAUAACAUUGUGGUAUCUAUUGAUGAAUUUUUAAAAGAUGAAGAAAAGAAAGUUCUACAGCUAGAACCUUGUACUGGGUAUCAGAGGAAGCUUAUAUACCAGAUUAUGAACUGGAAGUUUCCACGAGGCACCCAUGUAGAAACUGUGGAGUCUCCAAAUAAUGAAAGGCACAUGGUUAUCACUAAAGUUGACGAAGACGAGCGGAAAACAAAAGAGCUCCAGAAAAAGGCCAAAGAGGAGGAAGACCUCAAUGAUGCUGUUGGCUUUUCUAGAGUUAUUCAUGCAAUUUCAUCCUCUGGUAAACUCGUAGUUGGACACAACAUGAUGUUGGAUGUCAUGCACACCAUAAAUCAGUUCUAUUGCCAGUUACCAGAUGACAUGGAAGAGUUUAAAAGAUUGACAAACUGUGUUUUCCCAAGAGUGCUGGACACUAAGCUUAUGGCUUCUACGCAGCCCUUUAAGGCAAUUAUAUCACAUACUGUCCUUGCAGAACUGGAAAAGCGAUUACAAACGGCCCCUUUUAAACCUCCUAAAGUUGAGAGUGCUGAAGGUUUUCCAAGUUAUGACACUAGUGCAGGACAACUUCAUGAAGCUGGAUAUGAUGCCUACAUCACAGGACUGUGCUUCCUUUCAAUGGCAAACUAUCUAGGUUCCUUUUUGAGUCCACCACAAACUUAUGUUACGGUUCAGUCUGAUGUAAUCACCCCAUUCUUUAACAAGCUGUUUUUAAUGAGAAUUAUGGACAUCCCAUACCUCAAUCUUGACGGUCCAGACUUGCUCCCGAAACGUGAUAAUGUUCUCCACGUGACAUUUCCUAAAGAGUGGAAAGCUAGUGACCUGUAUCAGCUGUUCAAUGCCUUUGGUAAAAUUCAGGUGUCUUGGAUUGAUGACACGUCAGCAUUUGUGACACUGACACAGCCAGAUCAAGUGCAGAUAGCAGUAAACAUCAGCAGAUUUGCUGAGAGCUAUUGUGUCCAAACAUAUGCCGAGUAUGUUGCAAAAAAAGAGAGGCAAAGCCUAACAAAAAGAAAACGAACUGACGAUGGAUGGAUGGAUUUUGAAAGGAAGAGGCCGAAAACACAGUACACUCUUGAUCAAUCACAUUCAACCAAGAGAUCUAUAAAUUCUGUUGAAGAAGAAUUGGUUGCUGCCAGUCCAGGAGAAGGCCAGGGAGAUGCAUCCAGUCCCUCAGCUUCAGAUGCAGCAAAUAGUAGGAAGCGUCAGAAAACAGACCCAGAUCAAGCAGAAUGCAGCAACAGUGUCUCUGAAGAAUUUGAGCUGGUGCACACUUGGUAGACACAUCGGUCACUCUUCUGCGAUACAAGCUUUGAAAGCCAUAUAUUUUACUUCUCAUUUGGACAUAAUUUGGAUGUGUAUGCAGGUCAUACUGAAUUACCACCUUGUGACUAUAUAAGCCUUUCUCCUAUUUUUGUACAACUGAGAAGCACAAUGGUGUUGGCCUGUAAAAUAAAUGUGGCUUAACAAUUCUGUUUUACUUGUCAUGCCCAGACUUUUCAUUGAACUUCUACAUAAAUCCUAAGGCUAUGGCUGUAAAUUUUAUAUCUUAAAGUAGAUUACAGAAUUUAAGGCUUCAUUGAUGGAAACUUUGUAAUAGGUAUACUGUGGCCUUUGUCACAUAAUCUCCAAAGGGACCUUUCAUCUGGAGUUUUAUAGCAAGAAAUCCAGACACUCUAUAGAAGUAUAUAUGUUAUACAUUAUUAAUCUCCUCCUUUCAAACAUGUUUUUACUGUAACAUUGCUGUGAUGUGUUUUGUGUCAUGUGAAUGUAAGGGUUUUCUUUUUUUUUUUUUUUUUUCUUUUCUUUUCUUUUUUUUUUUAUUGUUGUUGUACCUGUAGCGUUUUGUGUCUCCAGAUAUCACAAGGGUUGUGCACAUGGACUGUAUUUUCCAUCGUUAAUAUAUAUUUAUUGUAAUCACUCUUAAUUAUUGUGUAUGUAUAAUUCAUACCUAUGCCAUGUGUUAAGCCUCACUGUUAGGUUUAAAACCUAAGUUUAUUUUUAGAAAAAAUUUGAUUAAAAAUAUUGCCUGAGAUGGAGAAUUGAUGCUUUAACACUUUUGUAAUAAUCUACUGUGACCAAAAUGCACGGAGGACCUGAGUCAUAAGACGAGUCACUGACUGGUUGCUAUGAGCAUUCUCUGCCCGUAAUCCCAAGUCUGAAUUUGCUUAAAUCUUCUGAAUGACUUAUAGAUAGACCAUUUUACGUGAAUCCUAGUCAGAUUUUUGUAGAAAUAAAAGUGGGUGGAUAACCUUGUAUGCAGUCUGAUACCUCUACACGUUUGUUUUUCCUUUCCGCAGUGGUUUUCCCAAUUCUUUGAAAAAUAUUUCUUUCGGAAUGUGAUUUUUGUUGUAUGUGUUUUUUUUUGUUUUUUUUUUUUAAAUAAAUUUAGUUUACACCUUUUUUGGAGAACAUGUGAGGUACUAACUUCUAGAAGAUAAAUGUGUAUGUGGAAACUAAAUUCAGUUUUGGUUUGUAUAAUAUUUUGUAAAAGAAAAUAUGAAUUUUGGGAAAAAUCUAUAUAAUAAAAACAUGCAAAUGAAACCAGCUGUAUAGAUCUGCAAUAGUCUAUUUAUUUCAGAGCUAUUUAACUUUUUGUACCAUGGGAAUAAAAGUGCCUGGUUUAUUUCCUUAAUGUAAAAUUAAAGUAACUUUUG